AUAGCGAUUACAGUAGUUAAGAGUAUUCCACUUUCAAAAACGCAUUGAACUCAGCACUGUUUCAAGUGUAUGCUACGAGUACGAUUAGAGCGGUCUCAUGGUUGGACGCCUCAGAUAUAAUACCGGCGAGGUUCCGACAAUUGCAAGGACCGCCAUCGAGCAGGCACUUGGAUGGGAUCAGUAAAUCGGAGACUCCGCGAUCUCAAAACCAGAAGAGUGCAGAGAGUAGAAGAAUUAGGACUCUGAGGAAUCUUGGCAAGUCGUUUUCCGGAUCCUUCUCACAGUCUCAUUGUCUUAGUACAGUACUAUAG